UGUGACUGAGCUGGGAGGAGAACUCGUGACACUUUGUGUGGAGUUCAGAGUCACACACCAAUGCAGUGCAGAACCUGGAAAUAUGAAAGCUCAAACUGAAGGCAUCAAUAGAAGAGCACAAUUCCAGCUGGCACUUCAGCCAACACAAGGAAAAGGUAAAAUCUGACCAACAGCACUCCGAAUGUCACCUUGCCCUUUCUUUCUCAGCAAGGAAGAUGCUCCAGGAGUCGUGGAACAGAUCCUGAGGGACACCAGCACCCCCCGACCAUGACAGCGGCUCCGAUCGGCGCCCUGUACGUGAGGCCCUUGCGGUGGAUUUUCCUGCUGCUGCUGCUCUUUUCCCUGCUCACCAUGUGGUACGUCACCCUCUCCUCCAGGGCCGGCCUGGAGAACCUCAACCUGCUCUACUUCUACGAGUACGAGCCCGUCUACCGGCAGGCGCGGCCGUUCGCGCUGCGCGAGCGCCGCCGCUGCCGCCGCCGCUGCGCCGAGGCCCGGCCCUUCCUGGUCAUCCUGGUGGCUUCCAGCCCGGGGGAGCUGCGAGCCAGGCAGGCCAUCAGGGUCUCCUGGGGCUCCCGGGGCUCCUGGUGGGGCCAGCGCGUGCUGACGCUGUUCCUGCUGGGGCGGGCCGGGCGCGGGGAGCGCGGGCCGGCGGCGCUGUCGGUGGAGGACGAGAGCGUUCUCUACGGGGACAUCAUCCGCCAGGAUUUCCUGGACACCUACGACAACCUCACCCUCAAGACCAUCAUGGCCUUCCAGUGGUUCUCGGAGUUCUGUCCCGGCGCCAGGUUCUUCAUGAAGACCGACGUCGAUGUCUUCAUCAACACUCCCAACCUGGUGAAGCUCCUGCUGCGGCUCAACUCCUCCGAGAACGUUUUCACCGGCUUUCCCCUCAUCCAGAACUUUGCCUACAGAGGCUUUGACAGGAAAAGGUUCAUCUCCUAUGAGGAGUAUCCCUUCAGGCUGUACCCUCCCUACUGCAGCGGCCUGGGCUACAUCCUGGAUGGAAAACUGGCUCUGAGGGUUUAUGAGCUGAUGGGCCACGUCAAACCUCUGAAAUUUGAGGAUGUUUAUGUGGGAAUUUGCUUAAAUUUACUCAAAGUCAACGUCACUCUGCCAGAAGACGCAGAACAAUACUUCCUCUAUAAAAUCGACUUUGAUAUCUGUAAGUACAGGCAUUUGAUUGCAGUCCAUGGCCUCACAUCAAGUGAACUGGUCCAGUUUUGGCAGGAUUUGUCAUCUGACACUUCCAAAACUUGCCUGUGAUUGUGGAUUUCUUUGGGAGCUUCAGUUUGGUGUAAGAGUGGCCUCUAGAGAUGGCUCUGACUGUGUGUCUCCUCACUAAAAGCAGGGAUUCACAAAGCCCUUUUCCACCCAGAGGUGCCUUGGAAUGUUCUGUCCCUUCUGCCUCUGCUGCCUUCCCACGGCCCAGAGCAACCCUGGGGUUCCCCCCUGGAUCUUCUGGAAUGUGCAAAAUGCCGCUGAGGAAAGGUGUUUAUGCCAAGCAAGCAGCUCUGAGGAUGCUUCCCCAAUUGCUGCCUGGAUUGGUUUUAUUGUUUUAUUGCCACUCUCCAUUAUUUGUUCUCUGCCCAGCA